GGUCCCCGAGUCUCUUAGGAAAGCCCGGGUUGCUGGAGGCCUUGGCGGGACAGCCAGGGUGCGCCACAGGAUGGCCACUUCCUGACCACUCCAUACUCGCCUGUGCUGCCUCCACCUGGCUGUACGUCGAGCCCAGGCCGCGGCCUGACACUCCCGGAAUCGGAGAGUUGAGGGAGAAACGGGACGGAAAAGUACUGGGGGGAGAUGCGGAAGCCAGGCGGCGGGGACCUGGGCUGCGGGGGAAGAGCCUCUGCGACUCCCUCUAGCUGCCGGGCCACACGGACAGGUGAAAUGCAGGUGACCGCGGACCUAGGGCCUAGACGAGCCGGCCCUGCGGCCUCUCGAGAGGUGUCACACACCUGAAAGAAGAGAAUGUCAAGACGCAGUAGCCGUUUACAAGCUAAACAGCAGCCCCAGUCCAGUCAGACGGAUUCCCCUCAAGAAGCCCAAAUAAUUCAGACCAAGAAAAGAAAAACGACCCAGGAUGUCAAAAAAAGAAAAGAGGAGAAGGUCACUAAGAAACAUCAAUAUGAGAUUAGGAAUUGUUGGCCACCUGUAUUAUCUGGGGGGAUCAGUCCUUGCAUUAUUAUUGAAACACCCCACAAAGAAAUAGGAACAAGUGACUUCUCCAGAUUUACAAAUUACAGAUUUAAAAAUCUUUUUAUUAAUCCUUCACCUUUGCCUGAUUUAAGCUGGGGAUGCUCACAGGAUGUUUGGCUAAACAUGUUAAAAAAAGAGACCAGAUAUGUUCAUGAUAAACAUUUUGAAGUUCUGCAUUCUGACUUGGAACCACAGAUGAGGUCAAUACUUCUAGACUGGCUUUUAGAGGUAUGUGAAGUAUACACACUUCAUAGGGAAACAUUUUAUCUUGCACAAGACUUUUUUGACAGAUUUAUGUUGACACAAAAGGAUAUAAAUAAAAAUAUGCUUCAGCUUAUUGGAAUUACCUCAUUAUUCAUUGCUUCCAAACUUGAGGAAAUCUAUGCUCCUAAGCUCCAAGAGUUUGCGUAUGUCACUGAUGGUGCUUGCAGUGAAGAGGAUAUCUUAAGGAUGGAACUCAUUAUAUUAAAGGCUUUAAAAUGGGAACUUUGUCCUGUGACGGUCAUCUCCUGGCUAAAUCUCUUCCUCCAAGUUGAUGCUCUUAAAGAUGCUCCUAAAGUUCUUCUACCUCAAUAUUCUCAGGAAAAGUUCAUCCAGAUAGCUCAGCUUUUGGAUCUGUGCAUUCUAGCCAUCGAUUCACUAGAGUUCCAGUAUAGAAUACUGGCGGCUGCUGCCUUGUGCCAUUUCACCUCUAUUGAAGUGGUCAAGAAAGCCUCAGGUUUGGAAUGGGACAACAUAUCUGAAUGUGUCGACUGGAUGGUGCCUUUCGUCAGUGUAGUAAAAAGUACCAGCCCAGUAAAGCUGAAGAUUUUUAAGAAGAUUUCUAUGGAAGAGAGACACAAUAUACAGACGCAUACAAAUUACCUGGCUAUGCUGGAUGAAGCAAAUUAUGUAAACACCUUCAGAAAAGGGGGACAGUUAUCACCAGUGUGCAAUGGAGGCAUUAUGACACCACCCAAGAGCACAGAAAAACCACCAGCGAAACACUAAAGAAGUUAACUGAGCAAACAGGUUGGAACUGAUGGAGUGCUGCCUAGCACUUCAUAGAACUUAACUACUUUUACAGCAAAAUUGUGCUGUGACUGUCCUCACCAAUUCAGAAGUUUCACUGCCAUUCUCUGAUUUUAAAAACCACUUAAAAUUGGCACUAAGGAAGAAAUUUAUAAAAUUCCUAUGUUAGCUGUUUAAAGAAACAGCAGAACUUGUUUACAAAGAUGACUUCCUGCCCAACACUGACUGGAUAGAAGCCAGCCACAAUCUAUGCCAUAACAUUUUUUUUUUUUGAUCCAGUGUUAACUAUGUUUAUCUACAAACUAGGAAUUUUAUCAUUGGUGUUUUCGACUAGAUAAGCGCUACCUUAAAGGGUACAUUAAGUGAUAAUAGUACUUUGAAUCUAGUUUUUAGAUUCUCAAAAUUUAUCAUCAACUCUUGCCUAGUGCAAUUUGGUUCUUGAAAAUAAAAUUUAAACUUGUUUACAAAGGUUUAGUUUUGUACUAAGGUGACUAAUUUAUAGCUGCUUGUAGCAAGCUAUUAUAAAACUUGAAUUUUUAAAAAAUGGUGAACUUUAAUCCAUUUGACUUAUUUGCCAUGCCAUAACAUUUUUAACCAGUAGGGCUUAGAUGAAUAUGGUGUUUGAACUGUGCUCUAAACAGUGGGAAUACCAAAGAAAUUAUAAACAAGGUAAAUGCUGUGGUUCCUACUUGGGGCUUUGACAUAUAGAUUGCUUUAUAACUUUUUUGUACAUCACAAUUUGAGUGGAAAACUUAAGUAUUCUUUCAAACUAUUUACAUGAGAAAGUCACUUUAUUACUCUAAAAAGAAAAAUCCUUAGGGUUAUCACAAUUUAGUGUGACUAAGGCUUUAUUUAUGUUUGCAAAACUGUUAAGAUCCUUUUAAAAUUCCUACAUUAUGGGUUAAGGACAGUGUCAAAGUGAUGAAGCUUAACACUUGACCUAAACUUCUAUUUUCUUAAGGCAGUAAAUGUAUACUGAUUCCUAGAAAUCUAUUUAUUUAAAAAAAAGACAAAACCUUGACAUAAGAACUUGCUGUAUAUAGAUAGCUACUUCCACAUAAAUAUUGUAGUUUUUUUUAAAAUGAAAUUUCAGCCUCAAAAGUGGAUCUGAUUAGAAAAAUCAUACUAGAUUAUUAGUUUAUUCUGUUACUGGACAUGUGAAUCUUUUUUUCCUUUGAAGAAAUUAUAAAUUUAAGCUAUUGUUGUGGUAUGAAGUCUUCUGUACAGUUUUUGUUUUUAAACUAGUAUGUUUCAGCAUUUUGUCUGAAAAGAAAACACCACUAUGUACAUAUGUAUUAUAUAAACUUAAUCUUUUAAUACUGUUUAUUUUUAGCCCAUUGUUUAAAAAAUAAAAGUUAAAAAAUUUUAA